GCCGGUAUCCGUUAGAUAGCGCUUGAGUAAAUAUUUAUGUUGGCGGAAAAAAAAUUAAGGAACUUUGGAAAGUUUGAAGUUCAAAUAACUCUUUGAAGUGUUGUGACUUUGUUAGACCGAUAACUUGCGAAAUUGUGAUCAAGCUUAUCGCGAAGGCAAUGGCAUCUACAAACGAGUUUGGUCCAGAUUCUGGUGGUAGAAUAAAGGGAGUUACAAUAAUCAAACCUAUAGUUUACGGAAAUGUGGCACGAUACUUUGGCAAAAAAAGAGAAGAAGAUGGACACACGCAUCAGUGGACUGUGUACGUCAAGCCAUAUAAUAACGAGGAUAUGUCCACCUAUGUGAAGAAAGUGCAUUUCAAACUGCAUGAGAGUUAUAACAAUCCUAAUCGUAUUGUAACAAAGCCACCAUAUGAAUUGACAGAAACUGGUUGGGGAGAAUUUGAGAUAGUCAUUAAGAUUUAUUUUCAUGAUCCGAACGAACGUCCCGUAACAGUAUAUCAUAUAUUGAAAUUGUUUCAAUCAACGCCCGAGAUACAACUAGGAAAGAAGAGUCUAGUAUCCGAAUUUUAUGAGGAGAUAGUUUUUCAAGAUCCAACAGCCUUGAUGCAACAUCUACUGAAUUCUAAUAGGCCAAUGACGCUUGGAGCUUGGCGACAUAAUACAGACUUUGAAGCAUUGAAGGAAUCUACGAUGAAAGAUAUUAUGGAGGCACGCAACAAGAUUAGACUCGAAGUGAUAGAUUUGAAAGAGAAAUUGACUCUGGCAAAAGAGACUAUUGCAAAAUUCAAGGAGGAGAUUGCAAAGAUUUCUAAAGCUGGUGGAAGUUUAUCUGUCGCAUAA